AAAAUUAUUCUAAGCUCAAAUUCGUUGUCGAAUUUGCAGUCGCAAACCACGAACCAAUUGACAACCCUCGACGCACGAAUUAAACACAUACAUACACUACGAAAUAUCCAAUUGACUUCGGAUCUGAUCGCCAAAAUGUCGAGAGGAGCGCCGCGCGGACGUGGCGGCUUCGGUGGUGGAGGUAGCCGUGGAUUCAGAGGCGGCGGCCGUGGCGGUUUCGGACAACGCGACAUGGGCCCACCAGACCAAAUCCUCGAAAUGGGCAGUUUCAUGCACGCAUGCGAAGGAGAAAUGGUAUGCGAGAGCGUGAACCCGAAGGUUCCGCAUUUCAACGCGCAGAUCUUCCUCGAGAACAAGACGGCAGUCGGUAAAGUCGAUGAGGUGCUGGGACCUAUCAACCAGGUCUACUUCACUAUCAAACCCACCGAGGGUAUCCAAGCUACGUCUUUUAAACCUGGCGAUAAAUUCUUCAUCGGCUCCGAGAAGCUCCUCCCCCUCGAGAAGUUCCUUCCCAAGCCUAAGCCCCCGCCAGGUGCACCCAAGGUCAAGAAGCCUAGUCGAGGUGGUGGCGGUUUUGGUGGUCGUGGAGGUGGUAGAGGUGGCCCGAUAAGAGGUGGACGCGGAGGAGGCCGAGGCGGUCCCCCAAGAGGAAGAGGUGGAUUCGGUGGAGGUGGAUUUGGCGGCGGCCGAGGAGGUGGUGGUCGCGGUGGUGGUGGCUUUAGCGGAAGUGGUGGUUUCAGCAGGGGCGGCGGCGGCGGUGGCAGAGGACGAGGCGGUUUCAGCAGCAGAGGACGAUUCUAAGCUUGGGCAAAGAUACCCCCCGUGCCUCUCUGUAUUCCCCUCUAAACCCCAGCCCAGGUUUUGAACGUCUCGGCGGUCGUCUCUUCUCGCGGUUUCCCUUAUUCAAUGUGUUCAUGUGGUACGGGAAUGGCGUUACGAGGAAAAUUCUGAACCUUUUUUUUCUGCUUCUUUGGUAUUUACGCGCCCAGUCUUUUUACUAUGCUGAAAGGGCCUUGAUUGCAUAUAACGAGAAGCAUCAUCGCUAGUAGAGGCUAUUUAGACGACUAGGGUAGCUGUAUAUGAAACGCACUCACCGUAUCAUGGACUUUAAAUUUAGUGAAAUUUGCAUAUCAUCCUCAAUUCUGACCUUGGGUCGUGUGAUUUGGAGUCAUUCUAUGACGUCCCCAUGAUGGUAAGAGGAGACAGCGAAGUAGACUAGCAAAUAAGACAUCAUAUCAUAAAC